AUGCGCAUCCGCUAUCCUUUCGCAGGUAGGUGGCAUGCCACCCAGAUUCUUCGGUGGAAUGGAAUCCGCAUGAGCUUUAUUGACAAUCACCUAGGAGCCUUUGCCUUCCUGCUGAUUCUGGCCGCCUAUAUUGGCCUGCUCCCACACAGUACAUCUUCGUCGAUUCCGUCCAAUCUCCAACCAAACGACAAGUUCCUCCAUCUUGUCACUUUCUUCCUGCUAUCCGCGGCCUUUUACUGGAUUUUGGACACUUCGCGACGGCGCACUUUACAUGUCACCCUCUUGACCUGCACUCUUGGCCUAGGACUGGGCUCGGAGAUUAUACAAGGUCUUCUUCCUAACGGGCGCGACUUUGAUGUUUUCGAUGUGCUCGCAAAUGUUGUCGGCAGCCUUGGCGCGGUGGGUCUCUGCAGCUGGUAUCAUCGUCGCAUGAUGGAGCGUCGUCGCAAGAGCCGAUUCGGUCUGAUGGAGGGUGGUGAGGACGGAGAUGUUGAACUUGGGACUGGGGUGGGCACCUCUCGAGAUGAAGAAGGGCUGAGCUCGCAAGAAUCUGGGGUGGUGAAUCUGGAACAGGAAGUGGACAACUGGGACGAAAAUGCUAUCGACAACUGGGACACGGAGGACGGUCUAGAGCCCGCGGAUCACGAGGCUGCUCCUCCAAAUUAUAAUGAAAGUCAUUCCACUGGCGAGGUCUCCGCAAAGCGAAGCGACUAG